CUUUUGACAACACAACCCAUUCUACUGAGUGAAGCAGUACAGUGGCUGUGACUGGAUUCAGAGAGUUUUAAUGAAACUGGGUUCUUCUAUGGACUGUCCAGAGCACAUAUUCCUUGCUUUUGCACAUCUGUGAGCUAGCAACUUGCUACUAGAAACUUGAGCGAUUAUUAUAAACAUGGCAACCCGCACUGAGAGGCGCUCAAGAAGUCCCGCCUCUUCCGGUACCGCCACUUCCUGGAGACGGAAGCGUUUAUUUUCAUACGGAAAAUGGCGGCUUCUGAACCGAACCGCGCUGUGGAUGUGGGCGAGGCCGUGUCCACGGAGAAACAGGGACCGGAUGUUGAUUUUUGGGCUGGACUCGGGCCCAUAGUGAAGCGAGAGCCGGUGGUUAAACUUCUGAGUCCAGUGAGCGGGCUGGAGGCUUUGACGUGGUCGGAGGAUCACCGACUCGCCGUGUCCACCGUCAACAGUGUUUCAAUCAUGGAGCUGGUGUGUGAUCAGCACACACACAGCCAGGAUUUAGUGCUUCACCGUACUCACAUCCCUGUACCGGAGUCCGUGUGUGAACUGAAGGUGGGCCCGGAGGACAAAGUGCAAUCAGCGAAACAAAAAUUUGAGAAUUCUGAUGACCCUUCAGUAAGGCAGGUUUUUCUGCUGGACAGAAUUAUGAAUCCCCAGGGCGGGGCUCUGCGUGGCAUGAAGUACACCAGCUGGUCCCCGCUCGGCUGUGAUGUGAACGGGCGCUGCAUUCUGGCUUGCCUGACGCUAGACUGCCGCUUGACCAUUCACAGCGGCCACAAGCGACUGCAGUGGACUCAGCUCAUGAACCUCACUGAGCUUUAUGGCGACAUGCUAAAGUCGAGAAACUACUCAAAUGCCUCUGAACCCUUGCCAGAAGACCUGGAGGAUCUUGAGGAGCUUCAGAGUAGGUAUCAGAUGCAGACACCUGUGCGCAUGGAGUGGUCCAGCCUGUGCAACACACAUCAAAUCCAGAGCAACAAUGAGUGCAAAGAUGUGGGGACGGUCCUCCUGGCUGUGUUGAUGGAAAACGGGGACUUGGUGGUAUGGCAGUUCCGCCUGCCCGUACAAGGAAAAGAAUCUGUUGUCUCUUGCAACACGAUCAAAUCGGGCGUAUCGUCACCGAGUGUGUUAGCCUGGUGGGAGUACGAGCAUGGUGGACGCAAGAUGAGUGGUCUGAUUGUGGGCAGCACAGUGGGACCUGUUAAAAUAUUGCCUGUGAAUUUGAAGGCAGUGAAGGGAUACUUUACUCUCAGACAGCCAGUGGUGCUGUGGCAAGACACAGAUAACAUCCCAGUGAACAACGUCAAGUGUAUCACGCUCUUCCACCCACAGCAGAAGUGCAACUGUAGCUUGGUAGUUGCAGCGAGAGGCCCAUAUGUCUUUUGGUGCUUGUUGCUCAUCUCCAAAGCGGGUCUAAAUGUGCACAACUCUCACGUUACUGGCCUUCACUCAGCACCAAUUACAUCCUUAAGUGCCACACACAGCGGAAGCUCAGUGUUCACCUGCUCGCUGGAUGGCACAAUUAAAAAGUUGACGCCGGUCUUUACCGACACGGCUAUCGUCUUUAAGCAACAGGAGGUGGAGCUUCCUGAAGGUGUUCGUGGCUGCCGUGUCCACGGCAUCGCCACCAGCCCAAAUGGUGCCUACCUAGCUCUGGCCACCACGGAAGGCAUGAUCAACGGGUUGCACCCAGUUGUCCGCACCAACCUGGUGCAGUUCAUCACGCUCAUGACGCCAGACGAAGCAGGGGCAGAGCUUCUUGAAUCACAAACGCAAAGCCUCUAUAAGCAGGCUGACUUGCUGGAUCUGGUGCGAUGGCGUGUAAUGCAUGACAAACGGAUACCUCAAUUCCUCCAAGAUGAACUAGAUGAGAAGACACCCACAUCAAACUCGACAUACCUUUGGAGACUCAAGCUCUUCCUCUUGCGUGUCCUCCACCAGUCCUUGCAGAAGGUGCCAGUGGAGGCUCGCUGGAGGCCCACACAUGAGGACAGCAAAGCUUUUCUGCCCGAUGACGUGGAGGGAGACACGGUGGACGGUAGCAGGAUGGCCGACACUUCUGAGAUGAAUGAGUCCAAAGCAAAGGAAGCUGAAGGUGAGCCAGACGAGGAGCGAAUGAGUGAAAUUACAGCAUGGAUUGAGGAGGUGGAAUCGUACCUGACACGUGAGCACAUGAAGAGGGUGCUAGGAGAGGUCUACCUUCACACCCUCAUCACAGAGAAUACAUGCAUCCCCACUAAAGGGAUCUGUGAUUUCCUGUCCAACGAUCCUACCAAUGAAGAUCGAGCUGCCAAGGUUCUGAUUGGUCAUAUAAUGAAGAAAAUGAACAAGCAGACAUUUCCCGAGUACUGCAGCCUGUGUAAAGAGGUUCUGCCCUUUACUGACCGCAAGCAGGCUGUGUGCAGUAGCGGACACAUAUGGCUCAGGUGUGUGCGGUCAUAUCAGGUCUGUCAGAGUGUGACGUACCGCCGCUGUCUGCUGCAGGACAGCAUCGCUUCAGUGCCACAGCCUGAGGAUCCAGACUGGGUGAAGAAGAUCUUACAGGGGCCGUGUACGUUCUGUGACUCGCCGCUGCUUUGACACACUCAACGUAGAAACACUGCAAGUCCCAAAGCUGCUGAGACACACCCGAAACCUUACAGACUGUAUAGCCCUGUAUAUUUAGUUGUUUUUUUUUUUAAACUCUGAUAAUCCAUGGCUAAUAUAUAUGUAUGUGCAUUCUGAAUGUGUAAUAAUUUUUUCUCUUUUCUAAAGGUUUGUCUUGUCCAGAGCUUAGCACUGUUUUCAUUCUGUGGUGCCGAGGUCAGUUGUGUGUACAAAUAGAAAUGGCAGGAAAACCUCCUCCACCUAAGACACCUAUACUUUUUUUUUUUUUUUCUCCUAUCUGCUGAACACUUUGUGUUUGAGCCUAUGCUGCUACGAUUCCUUUUUACCACAACUUUCUUUCAGCCUCGUCGUAUGGUUUCGCUUCUUAAUUGGCUUUCGGAAACAUCUCCAUCGGCAGCGUCCUCAGUCUUCACAUGAGAACUUUACACAGGCUGCAUGAGGAGAGAUUAAAGCCCACGAGAGACAGAUAUGCAGCGAGAGACAGAGGCAAAAGUGUUUUAAGAGUGCGUUUCGGUGCUUCCCGAGGGAUAUGCCUCUAAUGAGAUACCAGAGUAAUGAGGUGUGGAUUCCAGCCACAGAUGUGAUUCUCAUUUUAAUUAAGAAGAGGCGGGGUUAGAGUGCAUAUUGUUAAAUAUAGUUAACCCUCUUUUUAUGGGCCGUGGGGAAAUAAAUACAGAAGCCGUACAGUUUGACUCAAGAUCCACCUAUAUAUUCUUCCCUAUAUUUCUAACUCAGGGUCAGAGCUGUGAGAAGAAAAAUGGUGGUUCAGCACUGUCUUGUUCACUCUUGUCCCUUAUAUCGGCUACUGAUCCCCCAGAAUGCCCUGCUCUGUCUCUGAGGUCAUUGGAGCGUAUCACUUGCCCCUGGGGCUUGAAUUAAGAAGCGCUUAGAUUUUUAAAAAAAGGUGGUGUCAUUGAAAGUAUUUCUGCUUUGUCAUAAUGGAAUAAAAAGCACUGCUGUUUGUGUUUCUCGUGGUUUAUCAGUCCCACACAAAUGGCGAUUUUUUAACACACAAGAAAAUGAUGGACGAGUGGCACUUGAUUACGCAAUGUUGAUGCAUACAGAACAAGCACUUUGUGAUGAAAGAGGAGCGAGAACCCAAAGGGAGAACUCGCUACAGCAUCAAAUGUGUCUGUUGUGCGUCACUGUAAAUUUGUCCACAGCCACAGCAUACCAUCUUGAAGGAAUACUCCAGCAUUUUUAGCUGAAAUUUACUGUAUCACUAGUAUUUAUAUGAAAUUUACUGUAUCAGCAUCUUUAGUAUAUGUGCGAUUACCACAAAUGACAAUUUUUAACAAAUGAGAAAAGAUUACAUUUAUUCACGUUAAAAAUUUGCUUGAAAACUGACUAAUAAUGGAAGUGUCAGGGCAGCGGUGAGGUGUUGGGGUCAGUCAGUAAAUGUUUAUGGCAAACAUACUUUUGUAGAAUGUCCUCUAUAGCUAUACAAAUUGUCCUUUUGCCAUUUAGGGGCUAAUGUUUUUUUUUUUUUUUUUUUUUUUGUUUUUGUUUGUUUUUGCAAGACUGAUUAUUAGUUUCUAAAAUAAUGGGUCAUCUGAAAGUGUAAUAUUGAAAUCAUGAUAAAUUGUCACACUUUUCUGAGCUAUAUCAAAAUGUCAUUAUUACUUUCAUAACCUGGCCCAUGACCUUGGCAUGGGUGUUGGUGCCAGAUAGGCUGGAUUGAAUAUUGAAGAAGAAAAAAGAAAAAAAAAAAGGCUGGGAUUUUCACAUGCAACAGUCUCUAGAGUUCACACAGAAUUGUGCAGAAAACAAAAACCAUCCAGUGAGCAGCAGUUCUGCAGGCAGAAACGCCUUGCUGAUGAGAGAGGUCAGAGGAGAAUGGCCAGACUAGUUUGAGCUGAAAGGAAGUCUAUGCUAACUCAGAAAACUACUCUGUGUAACCGUGGUGAUCAGGAAAGCAUCUCAGAAUGCACAACACAUCAAACUUUGAGGCAAAUGUGCCAACCGCUCUCAUCAGCAAGGUGUUUCUGCCUGCAGAACUGCCACUCGUGUCAUUCUUUUCAAAUGCUUUUUUUUAAAUGAAUUAAAAUAGAGGUAUAUUUCACUUAUUCAAUCUUGUUUUGCAAUCACUCUGUGAUAGUCGCACAUGCUAAUGGAUAGAGAUUACACUAAAAUUGUCUUUUUUUGUCUUUUGAAUGAGGUGGGACAAGCCUAAAUGUCACAAUGUGUACUGAUAAACAUGUUUUUUUUUUCAUUUCCUCGUUUGUUAGUAAUGCUGUUUGUUUGUCAAAAGGAGCUCGCCCUUUUGGUGAGGAUGAGUGCCAUGCCGAUAGGUGGAGACUGAUCGUGCCGGAGAGGUUAGCUGUGUUUUGGCGGAACCUCCUACGUCUUUAAUAUAAUGAGAUGUCAGAAAGCAUUUGUACAAUAAUUACAGCCCCCUCCUCCUUCCUUUCUUUGUGCACACACACUCAACACUUCAAACACAGGCUUUGUUGCUGCAGCAUACAAUAUUCAUAGCCUUCACGGCCAUGGCUGAACUUCUUUAAACAGUCAUUUGGAUUCAGUACUUUUGUUCAAGUAUGUAAUAAUGAGUUGCUAUAUUUUAAUUCAUAGAGUCAUACAUGGGAGAAUCUGCUUUGUUGAGCCACUAUAAUAGGUUCAUUAUGAAACCUCUCAUCACGCACAGUAUUUUGAUUAAACAUCUUAAAUGAGUGAUCAUUCCACUGUUGUAAGGAAGCUACUGUGGAAUUUAAGCUCCAGUGCCAUUUCUUUAUUUUUCUGCUGCUUCUACACUGUAUAUGCUUUUAUUCCUUAAGGAUCACCAUAUGUCAUAAAUUAAAACGAUGACUUGUAUGUAUAUCUAUAAUAACCCUUUUUGCUGCCAUAAAGUGUGUAUAUAAUGUUAUACCUCCAAUAAAGGCUUUUUUUUUU